GAAUAUAUUUUUUGUGUGGGGAUAUGAAUUUUUUAAUUAAAAUUUAAUUCAUAAUAAAAAUUUAAGGAAAAUUUUCAAACGAUGGGAGAUUGACAUUGGAUGUAUCAUCGUUUAGAUGAUAAUGGCUGUUUUGUUGAUGAAUUCAAAUUUGGCGUGGAGUAUUUCCUGGAUUUUGCAUUUUCCCAGUCCAAUCCAGAAUUUUGUAGUAGAAAACGCAUUAGGUGUCCGUGCAGGAAAUGUAUGAAUGGCGAAUGGCAUCGUUGUGUUACUGUUCAGUGUCAUUUGACAGAUAAAGGUUUUAUGAAUAGGUAUGUAGUCUGGCUUGCGCACGGAGAGCAAUUAGUGAGAAAUCGACAACGUCAUCAGUGGGGGGAAUCCUUGAGGGCAACUCCUUUUGUGAUGGAAGAACUAGGUAAUGAUCCAAUUAGUGAGAUGGUUAUGGAUGCAAUGAGUUCACAUGGUAUAGAAUAUAAUAUGGAUGAUCAGGGCAGUGAUCAGCCAAUCUUUGAGGAGGCAAUGGGAGAUGCAAAGGAAUUUUUUAAUCUUUUGCAAGCUGCUAAUACACCGCUUUAUGAAGGAUGUGAUGAGGGUGAUACAGUACUCAAAUGGGUGUCUCAUUUUAUGAAUGCAAAGACACUUUAUAAUAUGAGUGUGGCUAAUUGGGAUUAUGUGUUAAAGUGCAGUAAGAGAUGGAUUAAGCCAGAGGAUCGAUAUAGGAUUCCAAAAGAUUUUUACAGUGCUAAAAAGAUGAUGAGGCGCUUCAGUCUAGGUUAUAAGAAAAAAACUACUAAGCACAUGACAUGGCACCUUACUUGUGGUGGUGAAUCUAGAAAGAUUGUGCAUCCUGCCAGUGCUAAGGCACGGAAACACUUUGAUCGCACCUACCCUGACUUUGCAUCCGAUCCAAGGAAUGUAAGGCUUGGAUUGUGAACAGAUGGGUUCACUCCAUUUGGACAUAUAGUAGCCUCGUACUCAUGUUCGCCUGUAUUUUUGACUGUUUACAACCUACCUCCAUCAAUGUGUAUGAAACCGGAAUCCAUCUUUCUUUCUCUAAUAAUACAAGGGCCUCAAA